AAUAACCUCAAUUUCACUUUUUCAACCUCCAUUUCCACCCAAAAAAAACCCAAAAAAAUGGAAUCAAAAAAGUCGAACAAAAUCAGAGACAUAGUAAGGCUUCAACAAAUCUUAAAAAAAUGGAGGAAAACAGCAAAUGCAUCAAAAAACAACCCAACAAACAACAAUGGAAGCAGUAGCAGUAAUAGUAGUAGUAAUAAAGGCAUAAAAUUCCUUAAAAAAACAUUAUCAUUUUCAGAUAACUCUGUUUCUUCAGUUACAGAGUAUGUUCCAAAAGGUUAUUUAGCGGUUUGUGUUGGGAAAGAAUUAAAAAGAUAUGUAAUCCCAACUGAGUAUUUGGGUCACCAAGCAUUUGGGAUUCUUUUAAGGGAAGCUGAAGAAGAAUUUGGGUUUCAUCAAGAAGGUGUUCUUAAGAUCCCUUGUGACGUCGUCGUUUUUGAAAGGAUCUUAAAAAUGGUGGAACAAAAAAGGGAUGAAUUUUAUUUUCAUGAAAUGGGUCAUUUUGAAUUUCAUGGGUCGGAUUUUGAUGUUAUGAGUUCUUCUUUAAGUGCUUCUUGUUCUCCUGAUUGUGAUCAUCUUCUUCAACCUUCUCUUCCUCAGUUGUGCAGAUGAUUUUUUAUUUUUUGUUUUUAUUUUUAUUUUUUGCAUUUUUUAUUUUUCUUUUUUGGGUCUGCCCUUCCCCUCUUCUGGGUUUUUUGGAGGAAAAAAAUGUAUGUUGGUUGGGAUUUGGGUGGAGAAAUGGAGAAGUAUGAGGGGGAAUGAGGUAGAUUUUUUUUUUUUUUUUUGUUUUUU